CGCGCGAGCCUGUGAACACGAAGCGCCUAGAGGUAGUCUAGGCUGUUGCGGGUGGCCUUUGCCUGGCAAUCAUCACAAAAGUGCCAAGACUUCUACAACUUCCAGCGUCUCCAACUUCGAGAGUCUAUUUGCGUUGGGCUGUUGACUGGUUUGAUGUCUAAAGCCCAAUGGCGACGAGCAUCACCGACAACAUGGACAUGGGCUCUGUGACCGAGCCCGUUAAAGCGGAUGUCAAGCCGCCCUCGGGUGAACCGUUAACCUCUCCGGCCGAGUCCAAGGCUGAUGACAAGGACAAUAAGGACAUUCCGAACUCUGAGCCGGGUGUUGGCAGUCCCCAAGACAGACCUACUUCGGCUGGAACUGCUACCCCGUCGAGUGGUGGCGACUCAUCUCAACUCGCCAGUGGCAACAAAGAGAUAGGCAACUCGGUCAAACCCCACGAGAAGAACAACUUGAAGUGGGGCAAUAGCGAGACAGACAGCGAGGCCCAGGAGGUCACCACGGUCGUCAACCUGUUAGAUGAAGAUGAAAGAAACGAAGACCUCACCCCUCCACCCGACUCGCCCAUCGGCUCGGUUCACCCCAACACUAGCAACCUGCAGGACGAGAUAGUGGUCGGCACCAAGGUUGGUAGCGACAAGGUGGACACAUCCCCCACCGAGGACAUGGAGCGAGAAGAUGUCGCAAUGGGCGACGCCGUUGACGAAAAGUCGCUUACCGGCCAGUAUCCGAAGCGUAAGCGUGCGUCGACGGCAGUCUAUGCGGAGUCGGUCGGUGAUGGUGAUGGUGAUGAUGUUGGGAUUCCCGCGCUGGGCGACGAGCCGGAGUACCGCCGGUCUGCCCGCCCUCCCCGGUCUUCGGUGGGGGAGUCGAAAGGAAUAGUUGUCGGCUACUGGCGGGCGUCGCCGGCGGACCGGGCGGAUGAUAAACACGGCGUGAUUGGCUUUAUUGAUGUCCGUGACCGGCUCCGCACCAGACUCCUGCCGACCACGCGCGAUGGCCGGCCGAUGGACCCGCGGUAUCCCCUCCCGGCCGGCCCCGGCAACAGCUGGGUCACGUUCGACAAGGUCGCAUUCGAGCCGCAUCUCGUCGGCCACAAUCACCACGUGGUGAAAGAAUAUAUCAAGAUCCGCGCCGAGGCCAAGGGCAAUCACGAGACCCCCGAGGAGAAGGCCAGAUUGGACCUUGACGCCAUCAACGCGGCUGCGGAGCGUGUGCGGACUAACCCCCCGCCCGAGACCCCGUAUCCUCCCCCGGUCGCGUAUGGCCCCGUGGUCCCUGCGGGUACCGUGCCGAUGAGCCGCGCCGAAGCCAAGAGGCGUCGGCUAGCGCCCCCUGAGCCGCCGAGGACACCGCAGCCGACGGUCGACCAGAUCCCCGGCACGCGCCCAACGAGAAUCCUGCUCGGGACGUGGAAAAGCUCCACGGAGCAGGAUCCCGCCAACAAGCACGCCGUGUAUGGCGUCAUUGGCACCAACGAUCUGUUUCGCGUCAAACUGGCGCGCGAGACUCGGGACGGCCGCCCCUUGCAGAGCGACUUUCCCAAUGGUGCCGGAGGCGUCUGGAUCCAGUGGGACGAAGUCGUCUUCGAUCCCCACCUGGUAAACCUCUCACGUGCCGAGGUCAAGGAAUACUGCCGCGUCCGCCAGCGCCAGCUCGACGUCGGUGAGGUCCCCGAGCAGCAAGCCGACAAUGAGAUGAGAGCCGUGUACGAGGCGAAGCAGCGCGUCUUGGAGAGCGCUGCGCCGGGCACCCCCAUGCGCAGGGACGAAAUGACGGACCCCACGCCCAUUGCGCUGAAGGGCUCGCAGCUGGCCAACGCCAACGGCCGCAACGCCAGCUCUUCCACCCCCGCAGCGGGCCGCCAUCCCCUCCCGGGCCUCGAAUAUCGCGCCGCUAACCGCCCGUCCUCCGGUCCGAACCCCGCCAUCAUCCAGCGGACCAACCAGCGGACCAACUCGAUCGCCAGCCAUGAGAUCGCUCUCCUCGAGGCUGCCCAGGGCCGUGUUGAUCUACUCACCGCCAGCCGCGAGGCAUCUCUCGUUCCCGCGACCAAUGGCACCAAUGACACCGCCAACCUCAUUCCCGACAACGACAACAACACCCAGGGCCGCGCCGCCUCAACCUUCCUCAACAACAUGGCCCGCCUGACCAAGGUGUGGGAGGUGCAGACGACCGCCCUUAUCCGCGCCGGCGCUGAUGACGCCAAAGUACACGCUGGCAUCAAGUACCAGCGUAAGCAGACCGGCCCUUUCCAGGGCAAGUUGGUCAGUCAGGGGAACCUAAUUACGAUUGACGGCGAGGAUUACGUCGAGUACCGUGUGCUCACCAAGCCCUCUUUCUUCUAGAACGAGUAGAAGAGCGAGCUCGGUUCUCCGGGUGGGAGUUGGAAUUCUGUUUCUCGUCGUCGGUUGUUUGUUGUUUGUUUUACCCCUGCCUAGGUGCCAGGAUAAAUUCGGUUCGGAUUCCGGUCACAUUCUGCUUCCGUCUCUUCC